AUGCAGCCGUCGGGGUGUUUACACAUGAGACCACGAGCAUCGGUUCAGGUCGAAUUUUCGCAAGGUCGUGUGUCGUCUAGGUUGAAUGCGCCCGGAUUGGGUGUCAAGAGUCGUUUAGUCACUCUGGGCGUCUCCCCUGUGCACCCACCUCCCACGCACAACACAUUGGACCUCCCUCCUCCAGUUCUCAAGCGGUUAAUUGCGUCGCGUCGGUUGCGUAUUUGUACCAUUGUCGUACCCACGUCCGCACGCACGCACGCUCUCUUGCGUGAGUCGCUCGGACCCUUUGUGUACUUGCCUGCCACUCGCCGCUCUGACUCACUCGUCAACAUCCUCUAUGCGCCUCCGAUUACGCGCUUUGACCUCCACCCCGCCAAGUCUGUCCGAACGACAACAAGGAUGUCUGUUUUCGGGUCGGCGUCCUGUUUUGCACGACACCACGAAAUGGCGCGUCUGUUCCUGUGCCUUCGGAAGCCCAUUAAUGCCUGCGAAUGCGCCCACCAAGGUGGUUUAUCGUGGAAUCGCCUCGGCGCGGCUGCUCCCGCUCCUCCGCAUUCCAUUCCGCCUGAAUCCCACAACGCCGCUGAAUGGACGUCCUAUGUUCCCCUAGUGAUCAGGUGUCUGUGGUUGACGGCGGGGUCAGGUGGUGACCACCGCAGCCUUUCGAGUCAAAUGCUGGGCCAGCCCCUUCCCUCUUACCAGGUAUGGCGACUUGACACCAUAGUGGGCAUGCUGUACCACGGUCUGCCGAUGUCGAGCACGGACACUAACAUAAUGGUCCACACGUGCGCCCAGGAGUUGUGCGUUCGGCCCCAGCACAUCCGGUUCCGCGCGAGCUCCGUGGCCCUCGUAAUCGUCCUCAAGGCCCUCGCCCAGGCCGGCUACAGCAUCAUACCUCCCUCGCCUGGCCUUCACCCUCAGCCGUUAAACCUUUUCCCUCAGAUCACGUCUGUGACGAUUAAACGUGGUCGGUUGCGUCCACUGGUGCGGCAUUCCAUGAUCUUGUACGUGUCGGCUGCCAUAAUCCGCGUCCUAUCACAAACCAGUUGUAAUUUCCGAUCAAACAGACUCCAUUUGGCACUGCGUUGCACAAACUUGAAGCCUCGGAUUAUCUCGACCGGGCGCACUCUCAGGUACUACCAGAUCGAGUUUCAGGUGUCCGGGAGUGGGAAUAAGUCGGGCGUCGCUUUGACACUUGAUACGUGGGACGCGGCCGACCGAUGA